CCAUUUCUUAUAUUCUCGUUUUUCAUUGGCUCCUAAUUUUACUCAUAUAAAGCGGGGGAUUAGUUUCGGAGGAAAAUGGGUUCCUGAUUGAGAGCACUAAAUUUUGGGUUGAGAGAUGUUGAGGCAAUGGUCAUGGGGCAGGGAGGUUUGAGGAACGUGCACUAGAGAUGACAGAAAUGGCAAAGAAGACAGAGAUGGGAUAGAUGCCACAGGCACGGGCCCAAUGACUUAAAGAGAUAAGUGCAGCUUGUACAGAGUGGCAGCAGACGCACCAGGUAUGAGGAAAGCCUGGGGACCAGGGCGGUGGCCGAGGAUGCCCCCUCGACGCAUUAUUUCCUCCCUGUCGCAAGAGGGCGCUGCGUCCAGGCACUGAGAGGACGAAAGAGGAGAACGCGGGGAGCAGCAAGUCCGCGUUAAGCGCUAACGCAUGCGCAUAGCUAACCGCACCCGCCUCAGCUUCCCUUUCUUAGCCAGAGGCGCCGGUUGGACUCACGGGAGGGGCAUGAUGGUGGUAGGUACAGGCACCUCGCUGGCGCUUUCCUCCCUCCUGUCCCUGCUGCUCUUCGCUGGGAUGCAGAUGUACAGCCGUCAGCUGGCCUCCACCGAGUGGCUCACCAUCCAGGGCGGCCUGCUUGGCUCGGGUCUCUUCGUGUUCUCGCUCACUGCCUUCAAUAAUCUGGAGAAUCUUGUUUUUGGCAAAGGAUUCCAAGCAAAGAUCUUCCCUGAGAUUCUCCUGUGCCUCCUGUUGGCUCUCUUUGCAUCUGGUCUCAUCCACCGAGUCUGUGUCACCACCUGCUUCAUCUUCUCCAUGGUUGGUCUGUACUACAUCAACAAGAUCUCCUCCACCCUGUACCAGGCAGCAGCUCCAGUCCUCACACCAGCCAAGGUCACAGGCAAGAGCAAGAAGAGAAAUUGACCCUGAAUGUUCAAUAAAGUAGAUUCUUUGUA